UCUCUGGCGCUGCUGCGGGUAUCGAACAGUGAUCAGUGUUCCACAGUGUGUUGACGGUGGUGGCUCGGGCUCCGCACGGAGAGCUACAUGUGUGCUACGUGUGUUUGUGCAGGAUGAGCCGCUCACGCGUCGCAGCCGGACGAAGAGGAGAAGACAGAAGCGGCUGAAAUCCACACGAGCUCCGGUAAGACGCAGCGCCGCCUCGCUCCUGCUCCUCCGGAAACAAAGCGACACCAGGCGAAUGCGGAUUUCACUUUUCCUCCGGCUCCAUCUGUGUAGGUGGAGGCUCCGGCGGCUGUCGCGCUGUUGAUUCGAGCACACGGCCUCACACGCAGCCCCACACCUCGGAUCGGAAACCAUCUCUGCUCGCGUUCUGCAGAGCCGCAGUCCGUUGUCUUGACUUCGAGCGGGAGGAGACGUCUUUGCCGUCGGGGGAGAUGCACCGUGCGGAGGACUGAGCCUCGACAUGGGAGAACGAAGCAGGGUCCCACAGCCGUGAAGCUGCCGCCAUGUUGCAUUGACCUGGGAAUACCUGCAUCCACAGCACCAUGUUUGGGAUGAGCUCACCAGCAACAAUGGUUGCUCACCCUGGGGAAGAAUGGUUCACUCCACUACUGCCCCCCCCCCAGAGGCAAGGGACAUUAACACCAGUCUCUGCUGCCUCUAUACGGGACUGCUGAACUUUUCUGAGAGGCUGGCGAUGGAGAACAUCUCCAUGGCGAACCUUUCCCUGGGCUCCCACUCACCCCUGGAGCCGCUCAUGCCGACAGCGGAGGCCCAGAAGAGUCUACAGGGUGUCGGCCUCCCUCUGCAGGUCUUCUUUUGCUCCGUCAUGGUUGCCAUCCUGCUGGUGGCACUGUUGGGAAAUGUGGUGGUGUGCCUGAUGGUGUACCAGAGAUCUGCCAUGCGCUCGGCCAUCAACAUCCUCCUGGCAAGCCUGGCAUUUGCAGACAUGAUGCUGGCCAUCCUGAACAUGCCCUUCGCUCUGGUUACUGUGGUGACCACCAACUGGAUUUUUGGAGAGGUCUUCUGCCGAGUGUCGGCCAUGCUCUUUUGGUUCUUCGUGAUGGAAGGCGUGGCUGUACUGCUAAUAAUAAGCAUCGAUCGCUUUCUUAUUAUUGUCCAGAAGCAGGAUAAGCUGAGCCCUCAGAGAGCUAAAGUGCUUAUCGUGGUCACAUGGGGACUGUCAUUCAUUUUCUCCUUCCCCCUGGCGGUUGGCUCCCCUCCCCUUCAGAUCCCUCCCAGGGCCCCUCAGUGUGUAUUUGGCUACAGCAUCGAGCCUGGCUACCAUGCCUAUGUAUUGAUCCUAAUGUUAGUCUUCUUCUUCAUGCCUUUCAUGGUCAUGCUUUACACAUUCAUGGGGAUCCUGAACACCAUCCGCCACAAUGCCAUCCGCAUCCACAGCCACCCGGACAGCAUCUGUCUAAGCCAGGCCAGCAAACUGGGUCUGCUGAGCCUCCAGAGGCCCUUCCAAAUGAAUAUAGACAUGAGCUUCAAGACCCGUGCCUUCACCACCAUCCUCAUCCUCUUCUCUGUGUUUACAGUGUGCUGGGCACCCUUCACUGCCUACAGUCUGGUAACUACCUUUAGCGAUGGGUUCUACCACAAAGACAGCUUUUUUCAAAUCAGCACAUGGGUCCUGUGGUUGUGCUACUUAAAGUCAGCCCUCAACCCUCUCAUUUACUACUGGCGGAUCAAGAAGUUCCGCGACGCCUGCCUCGACCUGAUGCCCAAGUACUUUAAGUUUCUUCCUCAGCUGCCGGGAAACACGAAGCGGCGCAUACAGCCAAGCGCAGUGUAUGUGUGCGGAGAGCAUCGCUCUGUGGUCUGAAGUAAAAUCCACACUCAUACAGAGUUAAAAAAAAAUCUUUACAUACUGUACUGUAUUUGCCUGUUUUGCUGUUUGGUGGUAAACUUCUCUUAGCAGGUGUUCAGACAGAAAGUAGCACUGCAUUAAAAAAAAAAAAAAAAAAGGGGGAAGGUUAAUGUGGGUGUGACGCUACAGGGUCGGAGGUGAAAUGCAAACAUCUAUGAGUUUCAAAGCUUGUUUGAUGCCAAAACACUGUUCAGAGAAUCGUUUUUCUAGAAAUCAGGGUGUUACAAUUUUUAAGUAAGCUUGGUUUUGUUCGAUACCAAUUCUGUUACAAUAAUGAGAUUCUUUCCUAAUAGAAAAAAAUAUAGAUUUGAAAUACCUAAUUCUGACCAAUAUACGCUUUUGUCUUGACAAUAAGAUACUUGACAAUUUUUGAUUAUGUAGUCUGCACUAGAAUAUAGUUGUUUUUAUAACCCAUCCCUAAGAGAAACCAUCUUCUCCUCUAGCUUGCCAAUAUUGAGAUAAGCAUUAGAACUAUGCUGUUAAUCAAAGUGUGCAGGGUAUUGUGUGCUCUGUAUCUGAUUGGCUGGGUGAUGUGAUGCGUUGCAGCAAAAGUUGAGUCAGGGUCAACCUUUCUGCUGGACAACCUUGCAUUUUUGCUGGAACCUUCAUAAGAACAGUGUUUAAUGCAAUGCUGAUUUUAGUCUGACUCACCAUUUUGCACUGAUGCUCAGAAACCGUCAGGGUGUAUGUUUCUUGGUUAUCCAUAUAAUAUCUGGGGGGGUCAAAGGCAACUGGACUCUCCAUGUGCAAAAUGUUUUAAUGUUCAGUCAAAGAGUGUUCACUUCCUGGUGAAAGCUUCAACUCGUGUCUCUCAUUGUGGUGGUGCUCAGUACACGAUGGCUGUACUGAAACUUGUUUUAGAAUCAUGCUAUAUUUUCUAUAAUAUUGGAUUGGUCUGGUGAGUAUGAUUGAAUAUUGAUAUCUUUUACACUUAAACACUUGAUGCCAAAUUGAAUUUUUUUCCUGACCACAGUGGAAGUUCAGUUUUCUAAUAAAGCUGGGUAUACACUGUACGAUUUUAGAAAUGCUGUUGUUAAAUUCCACCUCAUACUGUACGAGUUAAUCGUCUGCAACGUGAAGGUGUGCUCAGACUGUACGGUAAUAUGCCCAUGCAGAAAGUUAAGGAGCCCUUCUGGUGACAUUUAGGGAAAAAAUAUAAAGUGGCCAUGAAAUAAUAACGUGUCGGAACCAGAGAAUAGGUUGUGCACUCUACACCGACUCUGAUUGAGGCCACACUGGUGGAAACGUUUGCAAGAACAUGUCAAUAAAAACAUAGGGCGAAUUUGAGAUGUUGUGGGUGUGUUAGCAUUGAACAUCUAACUGCGCUUUGGAUAGGGCCCUAUGUUUUUAUUGACUGGUAAUUGCAAAUGUUUCCACCACAGUGUGGCCUCAAUCAGUGAAUACAGUGUGUGUGAAAGUAAAGCUCCUUAUAGAGGCUACAUCUUGUGAUCAGAUAAGUGAAACGUCUCGUCUCUCAUCCAUGAGGCUUCUUAAGUUCGCUGUCUCUGUGCGACGUUUCACGCAGUCAGGAAAAAGCCACAGAGGUUAAGGGAUCGACUCGUGGCUCUGCUUCAAUGAGGUCGGCCGACCAAAAUUUCUUACAUGUCAGAAAUUUAUCAGAGCAGAAAUGUCCCCCCUGUACAAACAAUGCAUGACAAAGCUGAAAAUUAAGUCAUGUGACUCAGAAAACGGGGUAAAGUCCUACAGUGUAUGUCCAGCUUUAGAGUGUGUGAAGGUUGAGAUCAGGUCAUUGUGUAUCAACUCAAAGGCAACUGCACUGGCUGUUGUGUCUCUUAGCGGAUAAAAGAUAAAUACAUUUGUCUUUGAUUUAGUACUUGUGCAGAAACACCUAUACGGGAAAAAAUACAUUGCAGAAGAGGUAAACCAACCGUCCAGCAUCAGUGAUCUUCAAUUAAAGCUUCAAUAAUUGACGUUUUUUGAUACUAGUGCCAGUGAAAUCCCUGAGUGAAAACAGUUCAAGUUCACAAGCAGCCAUACAUUUAGGAAAAUGAUUGCUGAAAUCAGGAAGCACCUGGUCAAAGAGAGAUUCAGCAAGAUAAUUGUGAUAUUGAUUUUUGACAAUACUUGACUGUUUUUAAUGCUUUGUUAGACUUCAAGUGGAUCACCCAGCCCCACUCAUAGACCAGAAUGCAUUGCAGAUGAUGAAUUUCAAUGCCAAGAAUACAGUCACAGAUAAACUCAAUGCCAUCACUCUAGCUAUGGCUCCUUUCUUCACCUACUCAUCCCACAGAAGGCAGUUUGUCUCUGAGAGUGAUAGAGUGUCGUUCUGGGUAAUAACACGAAGCUUUAAGUGAAGUUGUCAAUGUAAAUGAAACAUAAAAAUCAUGAAAAAGAGUUAAACCACUUUAUAAUUCCUGGAAUGCACUGAAUGGCACAGACCAUGCAGGAGUAUCCACAAAUGAAUUGUAACUUUCAUAUUGAGCUAAAAAGAAAACAGGCGCUGUUGGACUGGACUUGAUCUUGUUCUUGCCACUGGAACCGUGAGUGGAGGGAAAAGGACACUUUGUUUUAGCAGUGUACAAGUUGUUAUACAGGGCAUGUAAAUUAACAGCUUCAAUGGAGUUUGAAUGUGGUCAGGAAGUGUCCAUGACCCAUUUGAACAUGUUUGAAUUUAAAUGUUUUGGAUGUGCCUAUUGAAUAGUCCACUUGCCAGUCAGAAUGCUGCUAUAUCUGGUGAAAAUGUGCAAUUUCAGUGUACUGUACUGUUGAAUGUAAUAAAGAAAUAGACAUUUCUUACCUUGGUAAACGCUGUGAAGUGGACUCUUUGUUUGCAUGUGUUGGGCAUCAGUAAAUUGUUGGGGUUGGAUCAA